CGACGCUCGCAUCACCAUGGCUUCGACUAUGCCAGCCAUGGCCGACGAAUCUUCUGCACAUUCAGCGGCGCAGCUGCAGUCCGUCACACCAUCGUAUCGACGCAAUGGCAAGCUUUUCAGUUGCGAGCCGUGUCGGCGUGGAAAGCUUCGGUGCGACCAUAGCAGCCCAGUCUGUGGAAGAUGUGCACGCAGAGGCAAAGAAGAUCAAUGUAUAUAUCAUCCUGCACCAUUGACCAAACCACGGACAGAUCCUCCGGGAAUUGGCCCACACCGCACAGCAGCGUCAACACCAAGACUGUCAACUAUCGGACCCUAUCCAACGCCUUUCCCUUCCAUCGAGAACAAGCGGAACGGCCUUGUAAGCCCUCCAUCAAGCAAUAGUACUCAGCAGGGGAAAGACGCUGCUUUUCGCGUUAGCACUUCGCAGCCGGCAUCGCUUGGUCAAGGAUCAGUCUUACCGUCUCCGACUGCUCCAAUGCCUCCAACGCCGGGUGAGGAAUCGAAACACUCUUCCGCCCCUUCUGCUUCCUACGCGAGUCCGGAAAGUGCCAUGUCUUUUAUCAGAGAUGGCAGGACGGGCUUCCUCGGACCGACUAGCUAUUCGGCUGUGUAUACUGAAAAUUCUAGCAUAUUGCAAACACCGGACGUGGAAGACCCUCCGGAUCUGCCCUCACUGCCUGCGGACAAGAUCCAACAGGGUGCCGAGGUGCUAUCUAUGUUUAGAGAUCUUCCAGUAUAUCGUAAUUUCACCCAGAGAUGGUUCGAGCUUUGCGACGGCAUUGUCGUCCUUCAGCCCGUUUUUCGAAUAUGGAUCGACGAGCUCUGGAAUGAAUUCGGGAAAGUCCUUGCUGAAGGCAAUUCAGAACAGAUGCGAUCUCUUUCGGAGCUGGUCUGGCGCAAUACACGACGGCCAAUGCGCGUCCAUGGGUCAAUGACUGCACGAGAGUGGGCGAAAUCGGCAUCUGGUCGCAACCUUCGAUGGGAGGUUGUUGGAGUCGUCCUGUCACUCGUUGGCCUCAUUGCCGUCAAUUUGAGCAAUUGGGACACAAUCUUUGAUUCAAUCCGAGAGCGGUACGUGGAUCGUGCAACGUUUGCCGAACGCAUGCGAAAAGCUUCCGAAUAUUGUCUCUGUUUUUGCUACGAGUCAGAAGUGUUGAAUGACAUAUACGUAUGCUUCAUGUUCGAGGACCUGGUGCUGGUUGAAUGCCUGAAAGGCGAUGCACACUAUGCUGCUUGGCAGCGGACCGGCGAAGUAUGCGACGCGAUCGUUGCAAUGGGAUUGCAUCAAGGGAAUCGACCAGGCCCAGAGUGCCCGUUCUUCCUCGCAGAAUUGCGAAAGAAGAUAUUCAUCUCUGCAUACGGCCAUGACAAAGUUGUGGCUACGUUCCUUGGGCGCCCUCCAAGAUUAUCGCACCGAUAUUGCAAGAUGGAGUAUCCUCUAGACCUCUCCGAUGACCAGCUCUUCUCUGAGGGCGCAGAACUGGAAGCCGCUUUGUCAACAUUGGACCAGGAUGGAUGGAAUACGCAAGGGUGUCUCAAUCGCACUACUUGGUUGCGAGUCUGGUUCCAGCAUUGCCGUAUACGAGAAGACAUUCUGGAGAUUGCGCUUGGAUCUGAUGAUGAAGACAUCGAAAGACGAGCACAGGAAGUGCGUCAGAAAAUGGAUCAUCUGCACAGGUCUGCACCUGCUCAUAUUCAAAUCACACCAGAACAGAUAUUAUCCGACACCAGCUCGCCGCUCGGAGUAGGACUACCACUACGUCAGAAGAAGGAAGCUAUGCGUCAGGUCAAUGCAAUGUUUGUGCUUUGUAUACAUACAGGCAUAAUACACACCGAGUUCCUGCUCCAGAGAGCACUUACGAUUCGAACUCGAACCGACACCAAAAAGCUCAUCCCGAUUGCACGACGCAUGCUCAAACUCGUCCUCCUGGCACAGUCGCGGCGAGACUUCUUUCGAGACUUUCAAGGCGACAUAGUAUAUCUUCUUGCGCUUCACGGUCUGCCAGCUGCAGGCGUCCUAGCUGUCGAGCUCUUGAUAGAGAGUCAGACGCGACAGUACGCGCCAGAAGUACUACCACGCUCAGAGACGAUACAAGACCUAAGCGUUUUCAUAUCCGCCCUGGGAUCGGUGGGCCCUGGAGAAGGCAAUCACUCGAUCUGCAACCAAGGAAGAAAGGCUCUCGCGAGAGUUCUUGACCAGAUAUUGUCACCGAAUCCACCUCCGCCAGUCUCAACGACAGGCGAGCAGCCGAUCUUUGAUGAUUCCAGCGUCUUUUUCCCCAUCGGCAAUGAUGCAGAUUUUCUCAGUUGGCUUGAGCACGUGGAAUGGGACAAAAACAACUGGAUCGAUCAGCCUCCGGCUUCGAUGCCUGGCGCGACCGAGCCGCCGGUGUAGCGAAUCUUCAUCAUGGUGCAGAAUGCAAGUGAAUUCCACGCUCUUGCUCUGGACAAUAUCAUUCUUAUGCGAAGACAAAGGUGCACAAUCGCAUUGUUUGACAUUUCUGUACACUUGUGAUACCCAAACAAUCCGCGAAGACAAAGGUGCACAAUCGCAUUGCUUGACAUUUCUGUACACUUAUGAUACCCAAACAAUCCAUUUUGAGCUGCUCGGUCUGAGCAGUAUUUAUAGCAUGAUCAGACUCCACCUUU